AUGGCAGCCACGAAACCUAAGCUCAAGAAGGACGCCAAAAAGACAGUCGCGGCUAAGACGCUCGUGGCUCUGAAGGCAAUCUCGAAGCAAACAACAGCUAACUCCACCGCAUCGAAGAAAGCCACCCAAAGCCAAGUCCUACCGAGACCACCCAGGAAAGAAAAGUCGAUGAAACAGAUUUUCAGGGGCUUGGUCAUAUCCGCUUCGGGCACUUUCAUCAAUUCCGGCAAGGCAGUCACUCGUGAACAAUUUGCUCGACAUGUCACGAGCCAUGGGGCAGAAUACGAAAGCACUGUAACGAAUGACACAACUCACCUGAUAUGCUCCAUUGAAGAUUAUAAGAAGAAGACUACCCAAGUCAAGAAAGCUUUGCAGUUAGGCAACAAAUGCGAGAUAGUGAACUAUGAUUGGAUUGUUGACUGUCUCGUGGGCCCCGGGUUAAAAAAACGCUUGCUAGGCGCCAAGAGUUAUACUCUCAAGCAAGCGUUAAAGAGGUUGAAGGAGGGCAAGAAGAAUAUUGAGGAGCACAAGGCAAAUUUUGAAGAUGGUGUCAAAGUUUCGAAGGAAUUAUGCAACAACAAUCUCAAUCAUGUUUACUAUGACUCGGAUGCCUUCGAAUACAAAGUUGUUCUUACUCGAAUCAACCUGGAUGGCAAAGUCAAGACUGAGAAAUAUACGCUUUUCCUUUUUGAGUCUAAUGCUAAGCCCAAUGUUUACAUGUGUGGUGCGAAGCUCAGCAGCCCCGGUCGCCCAAUCACUUUGUACAAGGACAAAUGCCGCCCCAUGACCUUCUACGAAGCUUUCGGCAUAUUCCGGAAGUUCUUUCAUGACAAGACUGGCGUUGAAUGGGACAUGCGCCUCGAGGAAACUAAGAAUGAUGAGGGAUUCUUCAUAUAUGCGCCCCCUGUCCUCGGCCGCCCAAUCGGCUUCGUUUCACAGGGUUAUAUCCGACCUGAGUUGAGGGAGCCUGAACCAGAGUCUGAAUCAGAGCCCGAGCCAGAGGUCGAAGUGGCUGCCACUCCAUAUAUCAGAGUCGGGGAAGAUGCUGUUUCUGAUACCGAGAGUGAGGACGACGACGAUGAAGAAUCGGAGGAUCAUGAUGGCAGUACUACCACGAGCACGGAAGCUUCUCAGCCAAGAUAUAUUACUACUGGCAUC